GCAACAUGAGCGUCUGCGGUACCGUACGUUGAGAAAACGCGCGACGUGACAAAAUUCCAUUGCCGUGAAAUCGCGCGCGGUCGUACGUGUCAGCGGGUCGCGCGGUGUUCGCGUGUUUCUCGCGUGUGCCAACAGUGUCGGGUGUGCCUGAAUACGUUUCGUACACGUGGAUAACGCGGUUACCUCCGCCGCGGGGUUAGUUUUCGCCGGGAUUCUACGGAAGGAUAUACCGCCGAGCCUCUCCGAUCGGUCUCCCCUCUUCCCCCGAACGGUCGCCGUCGUGCCGGAGGAAUUGCUUUCGGUGAAGGGGAUUUCUCGACUUAGGCUAAGAUGUCACAUCACAGCGACGACAACAUGCUGAUAGCGACGUCAGACUCCUUCUGGGAGCCGGGUAACUACAAGCGGACAACGAGGAGGAUCGAAGACGGCCACAAGCUCUGCGACAGUUUGAUAGCUCUGGUUCAGGAAAGGGCGGAGAUCGAGAAGAACUAUGCCAAGGCGCUCAAAAACUGGUCGAAGAAUUGGAAUGAUAAGAUUGAGAAGGGACCUGAGUACGGUACAACCGAGGCGGCGUGGAAGGGCGUCCUGGUGGAAUCCGAUAGGCUCUGCGAUCUUCACCUCAGGGUUAAAGAGAACCUCUGUAACGACAUCGUUCAACAAGUCAAAACGUGGCAGAAGGAUACGUAUCACAAGUCGAUGAUGACCCUGAAGGAGCGCAAGGAAAUGGAAGACUCGUUUAAGAAGGCGCAGAAGCCAUGGGCGAAACUUUUGCAGAAGGUUGAGAAGACGAAAGCAGAGUAUCACAACAGCUGUAAAACCGAGCGGACCGCGGCAAACAUGGAAAGGAACGCCUCGGCGGACAGUUCUCUCUCGCCAGAUCAGAUGGCCCGAGGCUCUGAAAACGUGAAGAAAAUGCAGGACCGAGUGCAAAAAACGAAGGAGGAGGUGCAAAAGGCGAAGGAGAAGUACGAAGCAUCGCUUCAAGAAAUCAAUCAAUACAAUCCAAAGUACAUGGAAGAUAUGACGCAAGUGUUUGAGAAGUGCCAGGAGAUGGAAGCGCAGCGAUUACAGUUCUUCAAAGAUGUCCUCUUCGGUAUUCACAAAUGUCUGAACAUAUCGCAAGAUCCAGUGCUUCCACAGAUAUACGAAGAAUUCUAUCACACGAUAAAUAACGCCGAUCACGAGAAAGACCUCAAGUGGUGGUCCAAUAACCACGGCGUCAAUAUGGCUAUGAAUUGGCCGCAGUUCGAAGAAUACACAGAGGAGUUCCGCGAGAUCACGAAGGGCUCGAAGUCGAAGGAGGCGCUCCCGGCAGGCUCCAUCACUCUCAUCAAUCAACGCCCGGUCGGCGAGGAUCUGCAUGAAUAUCCACCAGUCAAUAACAAAUCAAAAUCGAAGCCUGCCGCACGGGUGAUAUCAGCGGACAGCAAUCACGGAGAUAGCAAAACGGAUACCAUAAGUUCCAGCAAGCAAUCUUCAGAGAAGAAUGAGACCGACAGCGUCAACAGGACUACGACUAUUACUAAUGGUACCAACGCCAAGCAAGAAUCGAACCCAUUUGAAGAGGAGGAAUGGGACGAGGACGGAGGUGAACCACUGGUCGACAAUGGAGAACCUGGUGUUCCCGUACGUGCUUUGUACGAUUACGAAGGUGCUGAAGCGGACGAGCUCAGUUUCAAACAAGGAGACGUAUUCGAGAAACUGGAAGAUGAAGAUGAGCAGGGGUGGUGUAAAGGAAGGAAGGAUGGCAGAGUAGGCCUUUAUCCGGCGAAUUAUGUAGGCUUGGUGUCGCAAUAGAUUAACUAAUGCAAAGCCAAAUCCACAAGUUAGUUACUUAAAUAUGUAAUCUCCGCGAAGAAUAAGAUUGCGUUUCAUUUCUCUUCGCUAUUGUUUGCGCGAGUAGAAAUUUCGCGGGACGUCAGUUUCGCGGCGCCCUGUAGAAUUAUGUGGCUUAUGAUGAAUGAAUUGAAUGAAGAAAUGAGUUACAGAAGUCUCUGAAUUCGAUACCUCUAGAUGAAACGCAAACUGAUUGUCAGCAUUUACAAAUUGUAUAAAUGGCGAGUGGCGAUUCCAUUUCAAGAUCUUUCCUUCGCGGCUAGCGGGAUUAAAAUGGAACGGUUUACCACAUGAAGAUAUAUCCCCUCACUCAGAAUGAAAUUUGUUUUUAGAUAGCUAGGUUAGUAAAAAUCCUUCAUUAGUUAGACUCUAUAGAUAAAUAUGGAUUACACGCGCAUGUCACGUGUAUAGCAAGUUUAGAAUAUUGGAAUAUUGUACGUUUUAUGAUUCAUUGUUGUAACAAAAAGAAUCUUUCGAUUGAAAUGUGCGAUGAGAGUUCUAUUUAAUUUAUUGUUAUUAAA